UUUGGCAGAAUAAGCAUGUUGAUUAUGUAGAUGUUGGCGGAGCUUAUGUGGGACCAACCCAAAACAGAAUCUUACGCUUGUCUAAGGAGCUGGGCAUACAGACUUACAAAGUGAACGUCUAUGAGCGUCUUGUUCAAUAUGUGAAGGGGAAAACUUAUCCAUUUCGGGGUGCCUUUCCACCAGUAUGGAAUCCCAUUGCGUAUUUGGAUUACAACAACCUGUGGAGGACAAUGGAUAACAUGGGAAAGGAGAUUCCAGCUGAGGCGCCCUGGGAGGCCCCACAUGCUGAGGACUGGGACAAGAUGACCAUGAAGGAGCUUAUCGAAAAAAUCUGCUGGACAAAGACUGCUAGGCAAUUUGCUUCUCUUUUUGUGAAUAUCAAUGUGACCUCUGAGCCCCACGAGGUGUCUGCCUUGUGGUUCUUGUGGUAUGUGAAACAAUGUGGGGGCACCACCCGGAUAUUCUCAGUCACCAAUGGCGGCCAGGAAAGGAAGUUUGUAGGUGGAUCUGGUCAAGUGAGUGAACGGAUAAUGGGCCUCCUUGGGGACCGAGUAAAGCUGCAAUGUCCUGUCACCUGUGUUGACCAGUCAAGUGAAAACAUCAUCGUAGAGACACUGAAUCAUGAACCUUAUGAGUGCAGAUAUGUAAUUAGUGCCAUCCCUCCAACUUUGACUGCCAAGAUUCACUUCAGACCAGAGCUUCCAUCAGAGAGAAACCAGUUAAUUCAGCGUCUUCCAAUGGGGGCUAUCAUUAAGUGCAUGAUGUAUUACAAGGAGGCCUUCUGGAAGAAGAAGGAUUACUGUGGCUGCAUGAUCAUUGAGGAUGAAGAAGCUCCAAUUUCAAUAACCUUGGAUGACACCAAGCCAGAUGGAUCGCUGCCUGCCAUCAUGGGUUUCAUCCUUGCCCGAAAAGCUGAUAGACUUGCCAAGCUCCAUAAAGAAAUAAGGAAGAGGAAAAUCUGUGAGCUCUAUGCCAAAGUUCUGGGAUCCCAAGAAGCGCUACACCCAGUGCACUAUGAAGAGAAGAACUGGUGUGAGGAGCAGUACUCCGGAGGCUGCUACACGGCCUACUUCCCGCCUGGGAUCAUGACUCAAUAUGGAAGGGUGAUUCGUCAGCCAGUGGGCAAGAUUUACUUUGCUGGCACAGAGACUGCCACACAAUGGAGUGGCUACAUGGAAGGAGCAGUCGAGGCCGGAGAACGGGCAGCUAGAGAGGUCUUGAAUGCUUUGGGGAAGGUGGCCAAGAAAGACAUCUGGGUACAAGAACCUGAAUCAAAGGAUGUUCCAGCAGUAGAAAUCACCCCCACCUUCUGGGAGAGGAACCUGCCUUCCGUUUCUGGCCUGUUGAAGAUCAUUGGAUUUUCCACGUCAAUAACUGCCCUGUGGAUUGUGGUGUACAAAUACAAGCUCCUGCCACGGUCUUGAACUUCCAUUUUCAUGCUUUCUGCUUACUCUUUUCAGUACCAUCAAAAGGAAAACGUUGACAAAAUAAAGGUUGUGUCAUUGGACUAUUUUUAAGUACACUAGGUUUAACUCCCCUCAACUUAGUCUCAGUCACUGUUAAAGUAAAACAACCCAAAGAAUCACCUGAAAUUAAUCAGUAAGAUCAAGCUCCCUCUUCUUUGUGUAAACUAACUCGUGUUGAUUGAUAGAAUAAAGCCUUGUGAUCACUUUCUUAAUUUCAAAAAGUUAAAGUUGAUGUACUCAUCAGAAACAA